CCCAACAACAAUGUUGAGUUUGUUGUGAGAAUGUGUGGAAGGCACGUGGAUUGAGAUGUGGGUUUUGUGUUGGUGCAAGCUGGAUCCACGAGGAAAAUGCUUAAUAUGCUAAGAGUGUAUCAUUAUGGUGAUAGGACCUAAUUAAGUUAAUUAUGUCUUGGGGGGGGCAAUUUUAUGAAGCAUAAAGCAAGAUAAUUGAUGCUACAGCUAUCAGCAAGGAUGCUUUGUAGCCAUAACUUACAGGUGUGUUUGUCACUAAAUUACGCUCAGAAGAACUGCUUCAAAAUGUUGCAUAAUGUCUCCUAAAACUCCUAUAAAAAUAAUUGAAAGGUAAUAGAGCAUGCAAACAUUAUGUCCAUAUCUUCCACUCUCCUAAGUUCAGAGAGUUCUCAUAAUAAAUGUUUGCAUACAAGCAGAGCUGCUCUGGAGCAGUAAAUUGUGUGCAUUUGAAAUGAAGCACAGAAGCCUGAAUUCUGAGUUUGCCAUCUCUUAAACACUUUCACAAAUUCUGUUGGUAAAUUACCCCAACAGUUCAUUUAUGGCUUUGGCAUUUCCAUUGACUGGGACAACAUAAAUAAUUGGAUGUCUGGAACCUGGGAGCAAGCACUUACAUGUGCAGGUGGUUUGGGCAGGUCCAGAAUCUCUCUUAGAGCUUACAAAACCAGCACUCUCACACAGUGAUACAAACUCUUUGCUUUGGGAGGAUUUAUUGCUCUUUUCUUAGUUUCUCUAGUUUGAAUUUUUUUUUUGUUUGUAUUCCUUCAAGAUGAUGUUGAAACCCAUUCAAUUUGGUUCCUUCCUUUAGAAUGGUGCACAUUUUUCAGUUCCACAGCAUCAGGACUGAAUGAACUGAGAUAAUUUUGCUGCUGAAAGAGAACCUGACCAGAGCUCCCUGAGCUCAGCCACAGGAGCAGGGCCCUUUCCAUCAGAUGUGGGCUGUGAUUUGGUGGGAUGUAGCAAGCACCACGGGAAUUCUGACUCUGGAUGUGUGAAGAGAUAUAAAUAACCCUACCACUUGUUCCCAAACCUUUUAUCCAUUUCAGAUUUAAGGGGAAAGCAGCUGUGGCUCAGUGAAAGCUAAGCCUGCUGGAGAAUGCUGAUUCCUGAAGAGCAGCUGGGAUAAGGCUGUGAGAAGCUAGAUCAGACCCCAAAACUGCUCAAAAGCUGUGACAGAAAGCCUUUCAAAUCCCAAAUGCAAGAGUUUGCUCAUAACCCCCUUUAUCCUUACUCCUCUUGAGCUGAGCUCCCCAUUUUCUGUGCAGCAGGGCUGAACCUGUGCUGCAGUCUCAGAUGUUUGUUUUUCGAGGCUGCUGUUUCAUCUGGAGAAAGGAUUUGACUGACACUCCUUUUUAACAGCCAAAUAGCUAAAAUACACACAGGAGGGACUUUUCACUCUGUCUCUCACUCAAUAUCUUUCACUGGUGCAGUUUCAGAAGCAGCUCAGCUUUAGCUCUUCAAAGUCUUUUUGUGGGCUUUUAAUGUGUCCUGCACUGAAAGGCAGCGGGACUCAGAGGUUCUUGCACUGCACUCAGGAAACCUGGAGCAUCCUGGGCUCUCUGGAAACCUGGCCAAGGUGUCUGAGAGGAGAACAUUUCCCAGCCCCACAGCUGACCCUGACAUCCUGAUGAGCAGGGACUUUGAUCAGCAGUGCAGGGUUUUCCAGGGUACAGCCUGAUUAUCUCCUCAGUGGUGUUCUGAAAAAGGCAGGAGCUGUUCUGCUCUCAUUCCUGACAGUUUGCAAAACACUUCAGGCACUGAAUUCCUCUCUGGGACUUCCACUGAGGAGAAUAAUGUAGAAUGUAAGGGGUUAGCCAUGAGUGCUUCCAGUUACCCCCCCAGCCUGUGCUCCCUCUUAGCUCACACGGAGCACUCCAGACUUCAAGGUGCCUGCAAAGAAUUGUUUGGUACAGUUUUGUGGGGUUUUGUUUAUUACUGAGAUGAAAAAUAAGUUUUGUACCUGGAUUUGGUGUCAGCAGCAAAGCUGUAGCCACGAUAAGAACUGGCCUGAGGGCCAGCCUCAGAAAUUAGGAGCUGGUCACACACAAGAUUUUUUUUCCCCCAUUACCUUUUGAAGUUUCCUUUCCAAACCUCUAUUACUGAAUUCUUAAAAUAUAGUCAAGUGCCUCUGCUUAAAAGACAUCAUAAAUACUCCCCUACACCCCCCAAAAAGAGGGGGAAUGGAGGAAUGCAAUUGCCACAGAGGGUUUCCAUUAGUGAAAUUAAUUCUUCUCUCAUAAGAAUUUAGGUCCAUGAUUUAUGAUAACCACCAAUUUCUCACUGCAGGCGAAGUGAGAGGAAAUGACUCAGCCUGGACAGACAUCAUGAAUCUAAUUUUUUUCCCCUUAAUGCUUGACAUAAUCUAGUGUGCUGCUCCCAGAGGUGUCAUUGGAGAUUCAUAUCCAGCCGAAGGGCCUCACAAUCAAGGCAGGAAAUUUUGUUCCUUUCAUGUAUUGUGAGAUCUGUAAUUGCUUGGAAUUGCAUCCUGCCUCCUUCAUUGCCACUCCUUUUGCAUCAAUUCUGCAGCAAAAUAGGAAGGUAAACAAAGCAAGGGAGAGGAAAGCUGUGUGGCACUUGCUCCUCCAGAAAAAUCUCCUGUGGCAUAAUGUGGGGGUCCAGCUGGUGCUUAUUAAACCCAGGCAGCUUUGGGAUGAAAGAUCUCUCUUUCUGUCACUCCUUCCCAUGGAAAUCUCACUACCCACCUGACUGGGGAAGUUGUAUCCAUCACAUAUUUAUUUUUUUUCUGGAACUUUAUGUUUUACUUGCCAUCACCGAUGCAGAGUUUUGUGAGUGGGUUUCCUGCCAGGAGAUCAGAAAAGAUAUAAUGUUAAAUGGUUCAGCUAAAAUGUUUUAGCCCACAUUUCCAGGCACUGAGAGUGUAUAUUCCUGUCUCAGCAGAGGAGGUAGUAUCUAGCUGAGAGGAAGGUAGGUUUUGAAAAGUCUUACAGUUAUAAAUAGUCAUUUGAAUACAUCCUAAAAGAUCACUUCCAAACUGAGCAAAAUAACAGAUCUUUUUCUUAAACACAAAAGAAUUUCUACAAAUUUCCUUUGCUCUGAUCUCAUUUAACAUACAAGGAGGCAAAAGCAGAGCAAACAGCAAGACAGAGCUACACAAGAAUUCCCAGCACUUUUUUAUUUUCUGGGUUUUUUUUUACCAUUUACCCAAAGUAAAUCUUUUCUCCACAGGGCUGCUGUGUGUGAGCUCCUGCUGCUCUCCAGCACACACCCCCCAAGGGGCUGCUUGCCUCGAGGUGACCUCAGAAGGUCUCUCAGUAAAUAGCUGUUAUUUUCCAAAAUGCUGAGCUCACACAGCUUCCUGGGAGUCACCCACAGUUCACUGGGGCUGCUGUGACCCCAUUAAAGCCCAGCAUAAAGCAGAAGGGAGGAGAGCUGCUUGUCAGGGCUGCUCCUGCACUGAGGUCACCAGGACACCUCUCCUCAUCAGGGUUUGCCAAUAAUCUGUCAUUGUCCAUUUUAACCAAUGCUCUCUUUAGCCUCUCUCUUACUCCCAGUAUGAGACCUUCCUUGCCUCCCUCCCCAAACCAUUUUAAAGCUGAAUUUUUAUUCUGUUUUAUUCUAUUUUAUUUAUUUAUUUCUGCUCCUGACUCCAGUGGUUUGAUGAUGCUGAGGCUCCCUGGCAAGAGCUCCCCGAGCCUGUAGAAUAAACAUCAAAUUACAGUGCUGGAUGCACACCCUGCCCAAAUGAAAUCAUUGUUUCCAAGUGUUCUGUGGGAAAUUCCUAAAUUGCAGCUGCCAGCCUGAAAAUUCUUCAAUCCCUCUGAAGCACAAUUGGAGAAAUUGCCCCGUUUGGGGUGUAUAAAAUGUGACUUUUGGAAGUGUUCUUAGGCAAGGGACUAAGAACACACAGCUUCAAGCUGGAGGUUGGACUUGGUAACCUUGGAGAGCUUUCCCAUAGUGAUUCUAUGAUUUGAAGACUAUUGAACAAAAUUCAGCUUUUCUCCAGAUCUCUGAGAAUCCCCUAGAACAUAUCCAAGAGACUAAAAUAAAUAUACCAAUAUUAGUAAAACAAUGAGUUAAACCACAUGUACAAUGGCAUAAAAUAAAUAAUCUUUUCAUCCAACCCAGACCCAUAAAAGCAGGGCUCUCCUGGGUAGAAGGGAACAAACACAUCAUGCUGCUGGACAAAUUAAUCUGUCCAUUUUUUCCAAAACUCAUUUUUUCUAACAAACUGCCUGGAAAUUCCUCUUCCUGGUGUUUGGACACACCUGUGAAAGGCUCCUGUGUGUGAGGAAAUGCAGCUCAGGCGAGGGGGCUGCCCAUGGUCUGGCCUCAGGAUGUGGCUGUUGCCUGCUGGCAGGUCCUACCUCCAGCCAUUCUGUGCUUUCUCUCCUCAGGUCUGACUACAAGCAAUCAGAAGUUCUUUAAACCCUAUUCCUCCUGCUGCUCCAUCCUGAGGGAUGCCCACAACAUUCCACUGGUUUUACCCCAGAGCAGAGGAGCCCUUGGGCAGAACUGGGACCCCAGGCUGCCUUUCCCACUUCCUUCUGACUCCUUCAAGUACCUUGGCUGGUGUGACAUAGAGGAACACGGUGUUCGAGGAAAUCAGCUCCUCUGUCCCCGAGUGAGGGAAGGGCCCUCAGAAGAAGAGCUGUUUUUCAGAAAAGAAGAACAUACUCUGAAAAGAAGAAAACAAGUAACUGACACACAGAAAUGGGAAAAGAGGCUGCAAGAGAACUGGGAAAACUGUGCUGAGUUGAACCUUUCCUUCCAGGACCUGGGUGAUCUUUACCAGGUGGAAAACUUCCAAAGAAUCCUGCGCAGAUUAAUUCGGGUGGAAAAGCUUUGGUUGGUGGACAAUUCUUUGACAGACCUCAGUGCCAUAAGGUUGCCAAGGUGCAGAGAGCUAAAUGUAAAUAAAAACCACUUUACAUCCUUCAAACAGCUGCCAAAGAUCCCUCAGAUUCAGCACUUGUCUCUUGCUGAAAAUAACAUCACAACCCUGAGUGGGAUUUCAGAUUUCAGACACACUCCACUGGAAUCCCUCAUCCUCAAGAGGAAUCCCUGUGAGUUCCAGGAAAGAUACAGACAGCUUGUGUUCUCCAAUUUGCCAAACCUGAAAAUGCUGGAUGGUAUCCCAAAACUGCCAGAGGACUGCUCACCCCCUGAGAUUUGGUUUGGAAUUGCCAGGUACACACUACAUUAUGCAACUGAAAGCCUUGAAGGUAAGGAGAGAAGGCCAUCAACAAAGCCUUAAAAAUAAAUGUGCUAACCUAAACAGGGAUGAGAGAAGCUUGGACAGUAAUAAACUGGGAAUGCCCAGAAGGUUCAUGAUUAGUCAGGCUGCAGGAAAUGGUCCAGUCAGCCUUGGGGAGUGAAAUCCUAACCAGUUGUGUUUUUUUUUUUUUUUAAUUCUCUUUCAUACUGGUUAUUUUAUUUUUACUAUGUGAUAACAUAUUUCCCAUUCCUACUCUCCACAAAGUCUAUUUUUUCCUAGUAGGUUUCUAUAAUUACUUUUUACAACCUGAGCACUGAGCCAGUUUAAAGAUGCUCUUGUUAAAAGAUGUGGAUGGUGAAGUCAGAGUUUCUUUGAUGCACUUUAAUUUUCUGUAUAAAAAUGUGCAACUCUCCCUUUUUCUGAGCCCGAGGACACCCGAAAAAGCAUCUUCACCUGUUCUCAGGGCUCCCAGCCAGUCCUUGGCUCUCACCUCCUCUCAGCAUUACACAGCUCUGAGCUGUGCUCUCCCAGCUCUUGUCCUGCUGCAUUUUCCGUGCCAGCUCAGCCCCUCCUGUGGCUGCAAAUCCCUUCCCCACGCUGGGCUGGUGCUUCCCACCAGCCCCAGAUUCCAUCCCAGGCUGGCUCUGGGUGCUGCAGACCAGAAUUUCCUCCAGGCUGAGCUGCCCUCUCCUUGCCCACUGCCUGCUCCUGCCCUGCAGCUCCUUCCAGGGCCACCAGAGCAUUUGGCAUGUCUGGAGCUGUGUGGACAAAGGGAAAUGGGUGGUGGAGCAAGUUCUGUGGGAUUAAACAAAUCAGACAAACACCAUCCUGCCUCUACAAGCCAUCCCUGUUUGUCUUUCCAGGGCAGAGUUCCUGGUGAGGACAGAUGUCAAAAGCAGGGCAUGUGUUCAGCUUGGUGGGUAUUUGGAGUCUAAAAGGCAAAGAGCAAGUUGUUCAGCCCUGCUGCAUUUUUGGUACACUCAAUUCAACAUUUUAGUGCUGGCUCCCACCUGAAGUAUCAGCAGUUUGCUCUUCUCUGCUAUUUUGUUUUAUUUUAUUGUCUUCCUUUAAGCAUUGCAGCAAAUACAACCAUAAAAUCAGGGCUGAAGCUCCAAAGGGUAGAUGACUGCCUGAGGAAAAAAUGGAAUACGGUGUUAAUUCUACAGAGGGGAGUGCUCCAAGUGCUUGUUGUGUCCCAUGCCACAAAGAUGAGGCAAAAAUAUCCCAAGAUUUUUACUGUGCCAGUGUCACACUCAAGCACUCUGAACCAAAAAUCUCACAGUGUCAGAGUGCCUAAUUAUUGUAUUUGAUGCCUGAUAAUUGUCAGCUGGAACGUGCCAGAAUAAAUCCAUGGUGAAAUUCUCUGCAGAUGUAAUCCCAUUUAUUCUAGCUGGGUUUAUUUACACCACAGAUGUCUGACAGU